AUGACAGCAAACUAUGAUAGAUGCGACAUCUUCAAGCAGUUUGAAAUUCAUCGACUAUCGGCAAAUCACCACUUGAGCAAGUACUUUGAGUGUCUGGAUCGACCUCAAGGCACUGAUUCUUUUGCUGGUCUCAACACCAAAGUUAUACCGUCUCGAACAGCCUGGGCGAAUCUCAAACUUCGUGAGACUGCCCGACUCGCCAAGACAUUGCAGGCUUGUGCGAUACAAGAUCUAGAAAUCCUGGACAACUUCCUUGACAACAUGUUACGAGAACGGCGGUCUCUGAUAAAGUCUAUCUCUCCAAGCAUAGUUGCAUGGCAACAGUCUUUAUGCUACGUUCAGAUUCUGUGGCUUUGGGGGUACUUUGCUGCUAACUCUGCGCCUGCUUCGGAAGUAUUUGCAAUUGAGAAAGGUUGUGCCGUUUCGACACAAGGUUCGAGGGCUGAUUCGUGCAUUCAAGAAUGGAACAAUACGGUACAGGGAGUUGGACGAAGUUUUGAUUUCGCCUUUAAGCUGAAAGUGGCAUUCUGGAGGCUAAUCCGUCGAAGUUGA